UCGGACGCAAACAUUCGGCAAUUUUUGUUUGUCAUUCCAGCUAGCGGAUUUUUAUUGCGGUCUCAGAAAUUUGGAAUUUAAGCCGUUUUCUUUUUAAUUAUCCGGUUAACUAGCCUUUGAAUCCUACAAUGGAAACUCUGAUAGGAAUCCGCGGCCCUGACUUUGUUAUGCUGGCUGCCGAUAACACACACGCCCACUCGAUCAUGGUUCUGAAAGAUGACGAGAAUAAAAUCUACAAAAUAUCGGAUACCUUGAUGAUGGCCACCAUCGGGGAAGCCGGCGACCGGGUCCAGUUUACCGAAUACAUUAGCAAGAACAUUUUGCUGUACAAAAUGCGCAACGGAUACGAACUGGGGCCGAAAUCGGCUUCGCACUUCACCCGCCGGAAUCUGGCCGAUUACCUGCGAUCCCGUACCCCGUACCACGUCAACGUGUUGGUGGGAGGUUACGAUGAAGCGGACGGUGCCCAGUUGCACUACAUCGAUUACCUUGCCAAUUCACUGCCAGUCAAAUACGCUGCCCACGGCUAUGGGGGCCUGUUUGUGUCCAGCAUCCUGGAUCGGUACCAUCAUCAGAAGAUCACCCAGGAUGAAGCUUACGAAAUCAUGAAGAAAGGUGUCACCGAGAUCCAGAAACGUUUGAUCAUUAAUCUGCCCAAUUUCAACGUUUCCGUUAUCGAUAAGAACGGCAUCCGGGAGCUGCCAGUCAUUUCCGCUGAUUCGUUAAAAGAAGAAGCGGCUGCAGCUUAAACUGUAUGGUAUGGUAAUUGUGCGUAAUUCUUGGUAAGAAAUAUACUUUCUGGUUACAUCUUAACAGUAUAAUAAA